AGCAGCUCAAACCACCCAAAGUGCCACAAUACCAGAACGUUCAAACAGGACACAGGCUAACAACAGUAGUGGGGGUACAGUAAUGUACCAGACCCCCCAGGGUGUUGUUUACGCCACCCCCACGACACAAGUGAACCAUAUACCAGACACCUUCAUUCUCAAUCUCCCUUCGGCACCAGUCAUAUCACAGCAACCAACCAACACAGAAACUACAAAUAGUGGUAGUAGUCAACAACAACAACCACAGUUCAUCAGCAUUCCUAUACCAGUGUCUAUAGGAACUGGGCCUGGGGUAGUCCAGUCUCCUGUGCUAGCAUCUCAAACAAGCAGAGAUGGAGGUGGCUCAAUGGAGGUACGAUCACCUAACAAACUGAGGAAAUGAUAAUAGUGUAUGCCUGGAUGAGAUCAUCAUUAUAUUCAGGCAAUUAAGUUAUUUAAGUGCAGAUGACGUGUUCUUAGUGCAAAUUAAGGAUUCUUAGCGCCGAUGAAGUAUAUUCUCAGUGCUGAUGAAGUAUUCUCAGUGCUGACGUAGUAUUCUCAGUGCUGAUGAACUUUCCUCAGUGCAGAUAAAGUUUUUUUAGUGCCGAUAAAGUGCACAGUAAAACAUACAGUAAAACCCCUAUAAAUGGAACACAUUUGGUACCACUAAAAGUGUUCUACCUGGGAGGU